UAUGUAUGCAUUAAAAGAAGCCUACCUGUUCAUCCCUUUAAUUUGCUUCUUUCUCCGUACGUGUUUGCUCAAUCUCCAGUUAGAUUAAUUGGAACCACCAAUCCAACUUCCCAUAUCGUAUCAUUAUCAUUGGUUAUCCAUAUUCAAUUAUACACUUCCUUUUUUUUUCUUCUAUAGUAAUUUUUUUGUCUAUAUAAGUUUCAUUUUGUCAUUUCUGCUCAUUAACACUACAGUAUAUAGACACCCACCAACACAACUAAUUCAUUCAUGGCAGCCAUGAACCCUGAUCUUGAGCAUGCUCCACAAAUUCCCUUGCUGAAUCCUCCAACAGGGGAAAGUGGAAGGAGAACGCAAAAGGGUACCCUUGUUUUCAUUGUCUCGAUCGUUUUCCUAUUGUCAUUUAUCAUCAUAAACCUUCAGAGCCAUGAGCCCAGCUUAGAAAACAAUAUCACAACGGUGCCAUUACUACCUAUAGCUAGAGGGGUCGCUGAGGGUGUAUCAGCCAAGUCAAAUCCAUAUCUAUCACAGAAAGCUUCAUAUAAUUGGACAAAUGCCAUGUUAUCUUGGCAAAGAACAGCUUUCCAUUUUCAACCUCAAAGGAACUGGAUGAACGAUCCUAACGGUCCAUUGUUUUACAUGGGGUGGUACCAUAUAUUUUACCAAUACAAUCCUGAUUCAGCCGUGUGGGGCAACAUAACAUGGGGCCACGCUGUAUCCAGAGACUUGAUUCACUGGCUCUACCUUCCCAUUGCGUUGGUUCCAGAUAAGUGGUUUGACAUCAGUGGUGUAUGGUCAGGGUCAGCAACCCUUUUGCCAGAUGGCAAAAUCCUAAUGCUCUACACGGGUAACACCGAUCGAAACGUGCAAGUCCAAAAUCUUGCGUACCCCGCCAACCUAUCUGAUCCCCUCCUCCUUGAUUGGGUCAAAUACGCUAAUAAUCCCGUCUUGGUGCCUCCACCAGGCAUUGGGCCAAAAGAUUUUCGUGACCCAACCACUGCGUGGAUUGGGCCAGAUGAGAAGUGGAGGAUCACUAUUGGGUCAAAGCUCAACAAGACAGGUCUUUCGUUGCUUUAUAAAACCCAAGAUUUCAUCCACUAUGAGCAAAGUGAUCGCUAUUUGCAUCAAGUCCCGGGUACCGGCAUGUGGGAGUGCGUUGACUUUUACCCGGUUUCAGUAAACGGGCCUAACGGUUUGGAUACAUCUGAAAAUGGGCCAGAUGUGAAGCAUGUGUUGAAGGCUAGUUUGGAUGACACUAAGGUGGAUCAUUAUGCAAUUGGGACCUACUUCAUUGAAAAUGAUACAUGGGUGCCCGAUAACCCGAAUGAGGAUGUGGGUAUCGGGUUGAAAUUGGACUAUGGGAGAUACUAUGCGUCAAAGACAUUCUAUGACCAACAAAAACAAAGAAGGAUCCUGUGGGGUUGGAUUAAUGAAUCAGAUAGUGAAACCGCUGACUUGAAAAAGGGUUGGGCAUCUCUCCAGACUAUUCCAAGAACAGUUGUGUUUGACAAGAAGACUAGAACUAAUUUGCUUCACUGGCCAGUGAAAGAAGUAGAAAGCUUAAGACUUAGCAACUCCGAAUUUGAAGGAGUUGUGGUUAAACCUGGCUCAGUUGUGCCACUGGACAUAGGCCCGGCCACACAGUUGGACAUAUUUGCUGAAUUUGAAAUCGAAGAUUUAGCAUCCAAAGGAAUUGGCAAGGACAAUGUAGACUGUGGAAAUGGAGCUGUUGACAGAAGUGCUUUUGGACCAUUCGGUAUUUUGGCUAUUGCAGAUGACCAACUUUCUGAACUAACACCAAUUUAUUUCCAUCUUUCUAGUACUACUAAAGAUGGCAGUUUAACCACUUCCUUCUGUGUUGAUGAAACUAGGUCAUCAAAGGCUCCUGAUGUUUCAAAGCUCAUUUUUGGAAGCAAAGCUCCAGUUCUCAGUGAUGAAAAAUUAUCAAUGAGGGUAUUGGUCGACCAUUCUAUCAUUGAGAGCUUUGCUCAGGGAGGGAGAACAGUGAUCACAUCUAGAGUUUAUCCAACAGAAGCAAUAUAUGGAGCUGCAAGAUUGUUUCUGUUCAACAACGCGACGGACAUAAACAUCAAGGCCUCGCUCAAGAUUUGGCAAUUGAACUCAGCUUUCAUACGCCCCUUCCCCUUUGACCAGAAGUUGUGAAAGUCAAAGCUAUGGAUGCACAUUUGCAUUAUAUAUUUUGUAAACGGUUAUUACUAUUGCCCCAGCCAACUAAGGAAACAAUGAAAGUCUUGUGGCAUCAACAUGCAUAAAGGCAUAAAGCUGAUAAGUUUAAUUAGCUUGAGUUAUCCUACAGCUUGUAGGCAUACCCAUGCCAUGGAUAUCCAUAUUAUUUGGAAUUUGUCAAGAGUCAUUAAAGUCUACCACUAGAGUAAUUAUAUACAAAAGAGCCUUCUAUUGUUUUAUUUUAUUUUUAUCUUAAUUUUCAUAUCAUAUUAUAUACAUAUCAUUCUUACACUUC